UGCAGCAGAUCGAUUGGUCCACGCACGUGACAUAGCAGUCUUAGUAGAAACGGGGUAAAAGUCAACGCAUCCCUUUGCGUAUACACUACUAGCAACGACAGGACUGUAGCUUGUCGUGGUUAUCUUGGACGCUACGACAGACUGGCAUUCUCCCGGUGAUUUUUCAAGAAACACACAAGAUUAGCAACGAGCACAAUAUACAUAUCAUAGUGGAUUUCAGGAAUACAUACAAGAAUUACCGUUGCCAAUACCGCCCAAGAUGCCGAGAGCCUUUUUAGUCAAGAAGAAAAAACAACGCGUGGAGUCGAUCGCAGAGGAACUAGCGAAACUAGAGAACCAGGAAAGCCGAAGCGGAGGCUCGAGCGAUGAAGCAUGUGGCGACGACUCUGGCACUGCACCGCUUGUCAUCGCAGAAGCGCCGACGCAAAGUGAUGACGGCAACAACAAGAGGAAUGAUAGAAUACGGGAUGAAGAGAGGAUGCGAAAGCUUGAAGAAAUUAUUGAAAGUCGAUUGAAACCGACGUUGUCACGAGCCUGUGUUACCGGAGAUACGGCAACAUCGGGUAGUGAUAAAAAAGAGCAUUCUUUAGAGAAAAGCAGCGUUGAUGCGAGCAAGAAAGUGCACAGUACAACAGAUGGAAAGAAUACUGCUCUCGGCCAAACCAAAUCACGUCCCCCUCCGCUAUUAAAAGUAUCUCCCGGGUCAGCCUUCGAGAAAGUGAUUUCGCCGCACUUUUUCCAAAAGGCGCCAACUACACUCGCACCGCCGCCACCACUGGAGCCAUGCGAUGGCCACUCUCAGCUGUUUUAUCGCGGGAAGGUUUCACCGUCUUCGCCAAAGAAAGUGUCGCCCACUUACGAACAAUCCAUGCCACCUUUCGUGAUGACCCCGAUCCCGAUUCCGGCAUUAUAUCGAAACGCAUCCCAAGAAGCCCUAAACCUGUCCCGGCGCCCGUCGAGAACUGAUUCGGAAUCCAGCGACGUGUCUCGAGACUGUAAAAGCAAGAGCACAAGCCCAGAGUACAUCACCAAGAAAAAGUAUAUACUGGAGCGCAAUGGCAGACCAUACGAUGUUCCGUCGGUUGAGUUGAUUAACGGAGGAAAGUACAUGCAGCCACCCGUCUUAACGUCACAUUCGCCGACUGAAAUAUCACCAGUUUUUGCACCGAGUAGAAGCCAUGCAUUUCCCUACCCGGGUUUCUACAUAGAUCGAGCCAGACCCGAACCGUUUAUGUUCACUCGUCACAACCCCAUGAUGCAGAAUGGAUACGUCUCAUUUGGUCUUCGUAGAGGUAGUUUUAUAGAAAGGGAUCCUAUCCACCAUCACCCUACACAAGAGAUACCCUUGAAUCUACACCAGAAUACGAAAACAGAAGCAAAACAGGAGCCAGAUUUCCCCCGAGAGGCGAUGCACCACAAAUACGAGAUGAAUGACAUCAAUAGUAACGACACCAGUACUGUGUCACAAUACGCCGACAUGCCCGUUACGGGUGACUCUAAAGUUAGGAUCGAUGGUGAAGAUCCCGAGAAGCUGCAGCCGAAAAAUAUUAAAGUGAACGGCAUUGCCUUAGACCAGUUGAUCGCGAUGCAAAAUACAGUUCCUGCGAAGAGAAAUGGCAAAACGGUCGCCAGACCACCGAUCAUGGGGGUAGAGUACACGCAGAACGGCACUGAUAUGCGAUUACGCGACAUGAUGGAGAAAGACGAGGCCAAAAUCACAAGGGGAGAGUCAUGGACAGAAGAGGGGGAUGAAAGAGACAGUAGUCAUGGCGAUUCGGAAGAGAUGAGCACUUGCGACGAGGGAAGUAUCACGUCUACCAGCGUAGUUGCGGAUGACCACGGCGAAGAUGACAAAACAUCGCCACAGAACAGGAAAUAUGUAUGCGACGUUUGUGGCAAGGGCUUUAGUAGAAGCAAUACACUUGUCACUCACAAGCGUAUCCACACAGGUGACAAGCCAUUCAAAUGCGAAGACUGUGGCCGAGCGUUCCGACAACCUGGUAACCUAACCCGUCACCGACUGACUCACACCAGUGUCAAGCCAUAUGUGUGUUCCCAGUGUGGAAAGGCUUUCAACCGAGCUUCUAAUUUGCAUACGCACAUGCGCACUCACACCAACUACAAACCAUUCGUCUGUCAGUACUGUGGAAAAGGUUUUCAUCAGAAGAUUGAUAUGAAAAUACAUUCAUACACCCACACCGGCGAAAAACCACACAAAUGCAAGAAAUGUGGACGAGGAUUCAAGCAGUUAACCCACCUGACCUAUCACAUGAGGACUCACUCUGACGUCAAGAUGUAUACGUGUUCGUAUUGUGGGAAAGGGUUCAACCAGAAAGGCAAUCUCCAGGCUCAUAUCUACGGCCAUACAGGUGAACGACCCUAUAAAUGCGAGAUAUGCGGCAAAGGUUUCACUCUUGCAAGCACUCUGAAUACUCACCGACGAACCCACGCCGACAAGAAACCCUUCAUCUGCAAGUACUGCGGGAAAGACUUCUACCAGAAGAACGCUCUCAAGAGCCAUCUCAUAGCCUCGCACCCGUACACAGGCGAGAGUUUGCUUUGAGAUUUACUAAGACGUUGUCAUACGAUUUUUCAAAAUUGUUGCAAAUAUUACUGAAAAUUUAUCUGGCUGAUACAACCAGUUGCGCAAUACUUAUGUUAAUUUUGAACUGGGUUAUUAAGUUUAUUAUUAUUAUUAUUUUAAGUUCUUUUAUUUGAAUCUAAAGUUGUUCACAAGGGCAACACUAAAUGAUUACAAAACAAAUCCAACUGAUUGUAGUGUUUCCUACUGUUUAGCGAGAUUAAUUGAAUGGUGUGAAUUUCCAUCAAAUGGAUACUUCUUAACAAACUAGGUUUGAGAAAAAAUAUACUUUUUGAUAUUUUGUUUCCGUUUUGUUCAAACUCACUUGUAGCUUGGUUGGCGAUUUCCAUGGCAUCCUUAUUUUUCCAACGUUCAUUCAAAAUUUCGAGGCAGUUCAUACUAUUAGCUUUAUUUAUUUCACAAACAGAAUUUAUUUCCAUGUCACUUGUGAAUGUACAAAUGAAACAUUGGUUUUGUUUGGUGGUUCAAUCUGAACUAUUCAGGUGAGAUUACAUUAUAAUAAAAGAGUAUCUGUGUCAAAUCAUUUUUAUCAUUACUUAUUUGGGACAGAAUACGUGUUUAAAUGCGUACAACAUGUUGAUUGCAAGUACGGCCAAGCCCGUGAAAGAAAUGGUUUCUCGGACUCGGUCAGAAAUUUUGGCUGAAAAUUUUUUUUUUUCUAUCGCUGUUUAAGCUUAUUAAGACUAGUGAUGUUGUUGGCCAAUUCUUUCCACUGGUCCCGACGUGCAUUGCGAAGGGCGAGUGACUGAUCCUACCGAAGUAAUUUGCUGCCAUCGUUAGCCUCGUUCCCAGACAUGUAAUUAAUUAUCUGUAAAUUGUUGAAAGUGAAUUUUGCACUUCGAGGCUGAAAGUCAAAUAAGCAAUUAAUUUAUAGUGUGCUAUUUUUGUUGACUGUGUAAAUAAACGAGUUUAAACGAAAUAAAUAUUUCUUUAUUACA